AUGGAGAAAUACGUUGAAUGGGGGCGAAGGUAUUCGCAUCAAUUAGCUAAUGAAUUUGCAUUCUACAUCUAUGACCAGUCAUACGUUAGCACGGUAUAUCUAUCCUAUGCCACGGUAAUUGUGAUGGCUGUCGUUUUAGUUUCUUUGGGAAGCUACAGCACUCUUGAAAGACCAAAGAACGCUAAAAUAGCCAACGAAAAACAUCCCUUAUUUGAUCCAUCAGAUCGAGACGAGACAUCAAUACCCGAAGCAAUAAUUGAUGAGACUCAUGCGUUUGCCAUGCCAGUAUUGGCCGGUAUAGCUCUCGUAAGCUUAUAUUUCGCAAUACGAAAUUGGGAUAUCCAAAAAAUCAUUACCAUGUUGAACGGCUAUUUAAUUAUUCUGAGCGUCAAGGCGAACUCAUUCAUGAUCUCCUAUCUGAUAAAAGUCACUGCCCGCAACAUCUGUCACCAGCUUGGUCUUGAUUCACAGCGAUUUGUCAAAAGAUAUGCCUUGACUAUAUCGCGGGAUGAUUUAUUUCACUCUGCAGGAGUGGAAGAAAACUUCUUGCUCCCGGACUCUACAGAAGCCGAGAAAAUCAUCAAAAGUGAGAUGCUUCUAAAUUCACGUGUAGACAUCAAAAAAGAUAGUCAACUGUUCAAUUUUUACUAUUCCACGGCGGACGUCUACGGUUGGGUCUUUGGAAUUGCGUUCUCCAUUGUGUUCGCAUUACUAGAUGGCAAAAACAACUGGAUCCUAAGCAAUAUAUUCGGCGCAUCUUUCACAAUUUUCGGCCUUUCCGUUAGCAGAUUACCUAGCUUCAGACCAGCAUUGAUCAUGCUAAUUCUCUUUUUCAUCUACGAUAUUUAUUUUGUCUUCGGAUCUGACGUCAUGGUUAAUGUUGCUACCAAAAUUGAUUUACCUGUCAAAAUGCUUGUCCCAAGCAAGCUGUCCAGCGAGGAUAAUGAGAUACACAUGUCGAUUUUGGGUUUGGGAGACAUGAUCGUCCCUGGGCUAUUCGUUUCGCUUUGUUUGAGAUAUGACCUAUUCAAAUAUCAUGAGCUGCAUCCCUGCACAGAGUUUCAUCACCUACAAAGAUUUGACAAGCCAUAUUUUCACAGUGCUCUGGUUGGUUAUACGAUAGGGCUUAUAUCCACCGUGACUGUAUUACAUGCUUUCAACCGUGCACAGCCGGCGCUAUUAUAUCUGUGCCCUAGUAUUAUUCUAUCAACACUUUCAACUGCCCUAUUUCGAGGUGAAUUGAAAAGUCUGUGGGAUUACAGCGAAGCGGAGAAGACGACCACGAUGGAACAGCCCGUCGAUUUCGUCUGCUCUUCAGAAACACUUUUCUUGGCAGGGCCUUUGAUUUCGAGUGAUGAUGAUGACGAAGAUGAAGACUAUACUCCGGAAGCAUUUUCAGACUCCGAUUUUUAG